AACAGAACUCAAGAAGCCGUUUGGAAGUCGGAAGGUCAACGAUAUGAUGACCGUUCGUUGACGCCGUUGAUUCGUUCGGUCCCUUCUAACGUUGUGUCGUAUUCGAGAUGAGUACUGUUGAUACCAAAAGCGUGUCAAGCAUUAACUCCAACAGGACUUUCAUGCUCGGUAAGAGACGUAAGAACAAGAGGAAGAUAUACGACUCCAAGGAGCGCUACCAGCGUGCGCAUCGUAAAGCAAGGAUAACAAAACUGAAGAUCUAGAAACGCCGGAAAGCGGAGUGGGAAAGAGAUGACCCUGAGGAAACAUUCAGCGUGGACUCUGCUAAUAGUAUCUGCGGCGGAGGUGUGGAUAUUCCUCCAGUGGGCUCAGCCCGACUUGACUAGUGGGUUACUUGCUAACUUAUGGCAUAGUCGAGGUUGUAAUCGAUGCAACAUUUUGUCCCACUUGUCUGAACCAAAUAAGUUUCUUGAAUAAAAUCCAUCGAUUGCUCAUUAAUCUAUUAUGCCCUUGUAUGCUCCAUGAAAGAAAAACAAACACUUACACGAAGACAAGUACGUUCGAAGUAGAAACGCUAUGAAGACCAAAGGCGGCAACGACAUUGCUAUAACUCAAGAAGCCGUUUGGAAGUCGGAAGGUCAACGGAUUGAUGACCGUUCGUUGAUGUCGUUGAUUCGUUCGGUCCCUCCUAACGUUGUGUCGUAUUCGAGGUUGAAGCACAGGUUAUGUGAACCACCCGGAAGACGAAGAGACGAUAGGAUGACAGGUAUUGGCGAAGGGCAAUCCACCUCCAGGCCACCGCUCUUUGAUGGCACCAACUACUCCUAUUGGAAGGAACGGAUGAGAAUCUAUAUCCGUUCCACCAACUUCCAAUUGUGGUUGGUCAUCAAAAAUGGCGAGCAAAUUCCAACAAAGAAAGUAGGAGAAACCACGGUCCCAAAGACCGAGGACGAGUUUGAUGCCGAGGACAUCAAGAAGGAGAUGUGGGACAAGCUUGAAGUGACGUACGAAGGUACCGAUCAAGUUCAUGAAGCCAAGAUCGAUAUUCUCACCCAAGAGUACGAAAUGUUCCAAAUGAAAGAAGGUGAGAAAAUCGAUGACAUGCUCGACUGUUUCUCAAAAAUCAUCAACGAUCUUCACGCCUUGAAGAAAAGCUAUUCCAACAAGGAUCUAGUGAGGAAGAUCCUUUGUAGCUUGACUCCCGAAUGGCGCUCCAAGGUCGAUGCCAUUUACGAGUCAAUUGGCGUCUCAAACGUCACAAUUGAUGGGUUAAGAGCUCUCAAAGCCACCAAGGAACCGAUGGAAGAGGCUUCAAGCGAUGAUGAUAACGAGUUUGGACUCGUCAUCAAAAAGUUACACAAAUUCAUGAAGAAGGAGUUUGAGCGGAAGGGAAGGAAGCACGACGGUCCUCCCAAGUGCUACGGCUGUGGCGAGAUUGGCCACAUCAAGCCGAGGUGUCCAAAGGCUAAGCACGGCAAGGACAAGUCCGGCUUCAAGAAGCAAAGGGCUUACAUCUCUUGGGGUGGCGAUUCCGGAGACGAAUCAACCGACCAAGAGGAGGACGAAGAUGCAAACCUUUGCCUCAUGGCGCACGAAGACCAAAGCAACGACGUCCAAGAGGCUCCUCCUACGACCUCCGAAGAGUACCUCUACUACGGCGACGGAUCGUACCUUUGGUUCGAUUCCGAGGAGGAGCGCACCCGUUUUCUCACCUUCUUCUCUAAACGGGUUGUGGCUCCCCCGCGGAUUGUCCCGGAGCGCCUACUGGAGUUGCAGGGCUACGACGAUCUAGACGCCCAGCUUCACCAAACCGGCCUCUGGCCGUUCAUCUCCCAGGCUCGGAAGGAGAUAAACCCGGCGCUGAUUCGGGUCUUCUACUCCAACCUCCGGCGUGAGGACGACGUGCUCUACUCCCUUGUCAAGAGCACGCCGAUCGAGCUCACCAUUGAGCAGCUUGGGCGCAUCGCCGGCCUUCCCUACCAAGGCGACGACAUCUCCAACUAUGGCGGAGAAGACUGUGUGCUCAACAACGAGGGCCUUGUCCUCAACGAGCUUGGCAUCACCGAGCUCAUCCGCCAUGCCACGGGCCGCCCCACCAUCCACUCCGCGAACCCCGAGAGCCGCCUCAUUCUCUACAUCGUGUCUCGGAUUCUCAAGCCUCGAAAACACGGGCACACGAUCAUGUCUGGCGAAGACCUCAAGCUCCUCCACGCCAUCAUGCACUCGGCGCCGAUCAAUUGGGCCAAGUUCGUCAUGAUUUACAUGACGGACGCCACGUCUACGGCCCACGAUCACCUCCUCCCCUACCCCUUCUUGGUGAUGGACAUCCUUGAACGGUUCAACACCCAAACCUUCAAGAAGCGGUCGGACAAUGCCUGGGCCAACCUAGCCUCCAUUGCCGACUCCCUCAACCGGCUACACUUCAAAGUUGACGGGAUGGAUGGCUACCUUGAGCGGCUCGACGAGGCUGUUCAACGCCAAGGGCACGCCAUGAACGCGUACUUCCAACGCGUUAACUACGUCCCUCCACCGUACCAUGGCACGUUCCUUGGGGAAGUGUACGGUGACGAGGACGAAGAGGAUGGCUCCUACGCCCCGUCAAGCUCCCCGGACUAAGAUGAGUUCGAUGACGCCAUUGACGAACAUUUAGAUUCUAAUGCUUCACGAUAAGUCUUAGGUUCAUCACACUCAAGGGAUUCAAACACAUGAAAAGCAAACUCAGACAUAUUACAGUCAUCAACAUAUCUCGCAGGUUUGCUAAUGGUUCUUCUAUUUCUAUCCCUAGCAAGUUGAUAGUCAUGCAAAUCAUUUUCAACAUGUGAUUCUACACUAUCAUGCUCCACCUCAUUAGAAAUAGUCUCCAUCUUCAUUAGUGUGUGAAUC